AUGCAUGAUAUUGGAGUUGCACUAUCAUCUACAAAUGUGGAACAUACUCUUAAUUUUCAUAAAUUCGUUAAAGAUGGAACAUCAAUUGAUGAAAUGAUAAAUUGUAUUUAUGCUUUUAUAAAGUAUUAUGAUACAUUAAAAAAUGAUUUAUAUAAGGAACAUAAGACAAUAUAUACAGAAGGGAUGAUAAAUACAGAACGAUUAGAUAUGUAA